AGCAAUCAUCCGUUGGGGUGAGGCUAGGGUGUCUUCUGAGGGGUGGGGUUUCAGAAACUUUUGUCUCCCAGCAGCUUUUGGUAGACCUCCAUCACUCCACAACAGCUAACACACCCAUCCACCAUGGCUGCCUCCCUCGCCACCAAGGCUGCUGCCGUUCCCCAGCUCGCGGCCGCCAAGGCCUCCGUCUUCGGCGAUGCUAAGUCGCUGAACACUGUCCGGGCUGUCGCCGUCACCAGGAAGGCGUCCCCCACUGUUGCCAUGGCCGGUGCCCCUGCUUUUGUGCCCGACAUGACUCGCCGCAACAUCAUGAACCUUCUCCUCGCUGGCGCGGUCGCCGUUCCCGGCACCGCCGUUCUCGGUGGCUGGCUCUACAUGCUUGUUCCCCCCAGCUCCGGUGGCUCUGGCGGUGGUGUCGUGGCGCGUGAUGCCUUCGGCGUUGAGAUCACUGCCGAGGGCUGGUUGAAGACCCACGGCCCUGGUGACAGGACUCUCGCCGAGGGGCUGAAGGGUGACCCCACCUACCUCGUGGUGGAGAACGACGGCCAGCUCGCAGGGUAUGGUGUGAACGCCGUGUGCACCCAUCUGGGUUGCGUCGUGCCCUGGAACUCUGCUGAGAACAAGUUCAUGUGCCCAUGCCACGGUUCUCAGUACGACAACCAGGGCAAGGUUGUUCGUGGCCCUGCUCCCCUGUCUCUCGCUCUUGCCCACGUCGAUGUUACCGAUGGCAAGGUGUUCUUCAGCCAGUGGCCCGAGACCGAUUUCAGGACAGGCGAGCCUGCUUGGUGGGCAUAAACUCAUUUGAGAUGUAUGGGACCAUUUUAUUAUGAUAUAUUUCGAACAUAUGUUUAUGGUUUUAUCACGUAUAUGGGCUUUCAGAAUCUUUGUGUAGUCAAAUAAUCGGGUCACAGUUACAAUAUUCUCGAACUCGCGUGUUCUAAAGCGGAUAGUUCAGCCUUAUGUACGAGAAUGAAACCGUCGAAGAUUGAGA